AUGAAGUCCUUCGCCACCAUCAUGUUCGCCUCGGGCGCUCUUGCCGCCAUGGCACCACCGGCAUACGCGCCUGCCCCAGCUGUUUACCCCAGCGAACACAAGACCCCAGCCGUCUACGCUCCUUACCCUACCGGCGGCCAUUCAUCCAGCAGCAGCAAGCCCCACGAGUCAGCUCCAUACCCCUACUCGAGCAGCAGCGCGAAGGAAACUUCUUCCACCAAGUCGGCUGAGAAGCCCUCUUCCACCUCCACCGAACACGCCCCAGUCUACGUUACCAAGACAUAUGAGCAUGAGACCAUGAAGCCCUCUGUUGUCACCACCCACGAAGCCAAGACUUACACGAAAGUUGAGACGGAGGUUCACUCCAUUCCUGUCUAUGGACAUGCUUCCGAGUCUUCCAAGGUCAUGGUCCACCCUACCACCUACCCUGCCGAGUCCUCCAAGACGAAGGUUGUGGUUCACCCUACUACCUACCCUGCGGAAUCCUCCAAGACGGAGGUCAUGGUCCACCCUACCACCUACCCAGCAGAGUCUUCCAAGACGGAGGUCAUGGUCCACCCCACCACCUACCCAGCACAGUCCUCCAACACCGAGACCGCCACGGAGCACGUUUACCUCACUGUCUCCGCACCAGCAGUGUGCGUCCCAGUUCCCGAGCAAACCGUCACCGUGACCGAAUCGAUCAAGAUCACCAUCACGGCACCCGCAUCCAACGGCCCCACCGCACCUGUCUACAACAUGCCCACCGCACCCGCAUACUCCAAGCCUUCCUCUCCAGUAGCAGGCGGUAACAUGCYUUCCGCCCCAGCAUACUCCAAGCCUUCUUCUCCCGUCGCAGGCGGCAACAUGCCUUCGGCUCCAGUCUACAACUCGCCAUCUUCCCCCGUCGAGGCUCCUAAGCAGACCGUCGUCGUCACUCCCAUCCAAUACACCCCUGCUCCUACCGGCAGCUACGUUCCCGUCUCCCCAAUGUCUCCCCCAACCUACAACAACGCCCCACCGGCCGCCAACGGCACCGCUAGCAACUCUCCCAUGAAGCCUACAUACUCUGCUCCGGCACAGUACACUGGUGCGGGUGUCAAGACCGCUGGUGCUGGAUUCGGAGCUCUUGCCAUGGCUUUCUUCGCUCUUGCUUUGUAG